CUCCCGCCGAAGAACUGCCUCCUCAGGGCGCAGCGGCUUUGCCACCGGAGCCGGACGACGCAGCGUCAGAGGCGGCAUCGGGCUCCGAGGAGCGCGGCGACGAGAUUGGUUCCGAGCUCGGCGUCAAACAGGAUGAGCUUGAGAGUGCCAAGCGUGAGCUUGAGGAGGAAGAGGCUCCACCGCAGGGCGCGGUAGCCAAGGUUGAGAAUGAGGAGCGCUCGCCCGAGGCGGCAGCGCCGCAGGCGGAGGAGGAGGAGGCAGCUCAGGACGAUCCGCCAGCAGGCGCUCCCCAGGUAGGGGAGUUCGUGGAUGCGCAUGGCAUCGGGCAUAGCAUCGUGCGUUGCAACCGCUGCUGUCGCACGGCAAAGGAGUGCAACUACAGGAUCAAGGCGAAGGGCCAGUCGACUUACCAGUGCGACGCGUGCAACACGAACGGGGUGCGCCUUUCUCGGAGGUUCGGACAGUGGCCGCCAAAGUGUUUCGCCAAAAUGAAGAGUGAGUUCAAGCAGCAGUUCUACAAGGAUCUGGCAGAAGAUCCUGGGCUGUCGAACCUCGAUCGCAUUGAAGCCUUCGUGGUCAGCUCAAUCACUGUCCAACGGAUGGAGGAGGAGCGCGUCCGCAAGGGUGGCAAGUACCUUCCGCUGAGGAAGUGGGCGCACGACGGCUUCGACGCGAAAAAGAUUGAAGAUAAUGUGCAGGAUAAGAGGUGGAACCCUGAUCUCGGGGAGUGGACGUACAGGCCGCAAUUGGAGGCGGCCUGGAGCGAGACAGUGGAGGCCGCAGUGCGCAACGAGCUGUACACCGAUAAGAGGACGCAGGCGAAGCAGAGCGGCCCGCGGGCAGCGGCCUCGACGGGCGUCGCAGAGCACGGCGGCGACAAGGGCGACAGAAGCGACGAGAGCGACAUGUCCAGAUCCAGGAGCCGCUCGCGCGGCGACCGCGACAGGAGCAAGAGCCGCCGCAAGGGCAGGAGCAAGAGCCGCGGCAAGAGCAAGGACAGGAGCAAGAGCAGGGAUAAGGACGCUGAGAAGGAGCGGAGGCGACAGGAAGCGAGGGAGAAGGCCGAGCAGGCCAAGAAGGAGACGCAGGAGAAAAACCUGGCGCUGAAGUGGAUCGGCACCGCAACGAGGCUCGAGACAGAGCUGGACGGGUACCUCGAGCAUGAGAAGGCGGACAAGGUGCCGUCAUGGGCUGUGAAGAACGCGAAGGCGGCGAGGAAGUCUGUGGCAGUCAUGAAGGCGGUGGCGCAGAAGCGCGUGCACAGCGGCGUGGCGUUGACGAUCACGCAGGACGAGGCCAUCAGCAUCCAGAAGGAUGCGAGCUCGGCGGCGAGGGCCAUCGCGGGGAUGCUCAAGGAGGCGCAGAAGCACAGCACCUGA